AAAGGCGAAGGAGGAAGUUUGUAUCAGUGGGGAAAAGUACAGUAAAUAUGCACAAAACAAAACCCAAAAUGUUUAAGAUAAGAAGUGCCCACAAUGCCAAAAAAUACGGAGUUGCGGCUGUUAGCUUAAAAGAGCUUAUUAAAAAGGGGUGUCAUUUUCUAAAGGUAUCCAGCAUCGGUGUACAUAUCUGCUUAUACGAAGAUGGAACAGUAGUUACUGAAGAUUAUUUCCAAAAUCUCCCUGAAAAUACAGAACUUGUUCUCCUCUCAGAGGGAGAAAGUUGGAACUAUGGUUUUGUUUAUGAAAUAAAUCAAGUCCUAGGUUUGGAUGGACACACAGAGCAGCUGAUCGAUGCCGCCAGGACUCUUCUAUCGGAUGAACAUUCUCCGAAACGACGCAAAAUAUUUGGAGACAUUCUGAGAAAUCUGAAGGACAAUUCACAGGUGGAGAGCAGAGAAGAUAAGGAGUGGUUUGAAGGAAUCCAUGUCCGGUUUAAGACCAAGUCUGCGUACAUGAAAUAUAACUGUGAGAGCAGAAUUCGUGGAUAUUUGAAAGAGGUUGAUGGACAAACAAAGGUCAUUUCCAAUGCCAAGACAAAAAAUGAAUAUAAAAAGGUGGCGGAGAUGUUGGCAGAGAAACUGAAGGCCGUGCGCUACAAUGGUGCCUACUUUGAUCGAUCAGAGAAAGACGUCCACAGGCUGUGUACUGAAGAGGGCUGGUUCUCCUGCGAGGGUGCCUUCGAUGUGAACGAGUGCACAUUUUUCCAUUCAAUAAACCCAUAUGGGAACCGUGAAAGCAGAAUAAUUUUUAGCACCUGGAAUCUGGACCACAUAAUAGAGAAGAAGAGAACUGUCAUCCCCACUCUUGUUGAGGCACUGAAGAAGAAAAAGAGCAGUGAAAUAAAUCUGGAUUAUUUUUACAAACUGCUGUUCACAAGAGAGAAUCUCAAAUUGGUUCACAUCGUCUGCCAUAAGAAAGGGGCCCAUGAGCUCCACUGCGAUCUACGAAAAAUCUACAAAUGGGUCAAGAAAUGAAUAGGACCUUCAUAACCUUCUUAUGAAAUAUGCAGCUUAGUAUGCAAAUUUUAGCUUCGCUGAAUCACGAGCACUGGUUCAAGUACUAAACUUCUCAGGGCUAUUUUUAUUAUUAUUAGGCUAUAUUGUGCUUCAAGUUUGCAAAUUUUCUUAUUGUAAAUUUAAGUUAACUUAAUUUUUGUAAACCAAUUCAAUAUUUGUCCAUAAACCAAUAGAAAAACCUUCCCAGGGCUUUUUAACUGUAAUUUUAUAUUUGUACAUUCCAUACAUAUACAUAUAC